AGCACACAUCUCGAGUACUCAGAAGAACGUAGACAAUGUCUCCAAACAUGACUUGCGAGGCUCUGCCUGCAUCUUUCCCUCCCAGGCUCACCGUGGCCAAAAGGAAAGAAGCUCUCGAGCUUAGAAAGACGAUGAAACCUUUGGUGGAAAAAAGAAGGCGCGCUCGCAUCAACGACGGCCUUAACCACCUGAAAGAUCUCAUUCUUCCUCUCACUGGCAAAGAUAACACUCGUUACUCCAAGCUGGAGAAAGCAGACAUCCUUGAGAUGACCGUGAGGUUCCUCAGUGACAUCCCACCUGUCCACAAUAAAAAUUCCACAGACAGCUACAAAGAAGGCUACAAAACUUGCCUCCAGCGCGUCUCUGCGCUCCUUCCCAAAACCAACCUGGACCAGGAGGCUUCCCGGCGGGUGUCGGACUUCAUUCAGCGGUCCAUGUCGGCCACGGCGAGCCGGCCGUGCCUCAACUGUUGCGCGCAAAGCUCUUCCGCAGCCCUGCCUCACAUCCAGCAGAAGCUCCUCAGCCUGAAGUCCAGCCUGGGCGCGCAGCAGCAGAGCGCAGCAGCGGCAGUGCGCACUUCCAGCAGAGCUCAGCCAGCUCCACAGCACGACAGCGCCACCAUGUGGAGACCUUGGUAGAAGCAUCCCUCCCAACAAAAGCAUGUUAUAUACAUGAUUGAAACGUAUGAUUUACUGCUUAAAUCGCAUUAGCUGAGUAUUGUAUACUUCCAUUCUGCGUACGCGUCGGUUGUCCUGUAUUAAGUUGACAAAUCUAGACAGUCGUAUAUAUUUUUUUUCCAAAUCCGCAUGUAUGUAUUACGUCAAAUGUUUGGCCUUUUUUCUGAGGACCGAAUGAUGAAGGGCUAUUGAAACAGCCCUGUAAGACCCUGGGGGUCACUAUUAAUGAAUUUGCACUGUAAGAUUUCAGUGUUUACUGAAUCUGUGCAGAUUGACUUUGUGGACAUGUUGUGUGUCACUGCAAGUAUCU